AUGCCGCCAACAGCCCACCACUUCACUCCGGUUUAUCCUCUGCAUGAGCCUCAACAGUCAUUCCGUAGCAAGCAAUAUGCUCCUCCCAGGAAAAGGAAGAGGCAACAAGAUCCUAAUGACGACGAUGAAAGCGACGAUUCGGAUUUACACACCGACCCAGUUCAGCCUUCGGUGACAUCCCGCAAUGUCAACGAUCCAUACCGUGUUGCUGGAUGGCCUGAAAACAUGCCAUUACCUGGAUUUUCAUUCCCACACGCUCCUGCUGUCAAAAGAAGGAAUCGACAGCCAGUAUCCAACAAUCUCCAAACCGAGCUCGCAGCUCUGAAGCCCCCAUUGUACGUCCCACCUCCUGGCGAACAAGACACUACUUCAUCACUUCGCCGCCAUCAUCUAGGUGUGCUCACUACCAUCUUACACACAAGCCUUCUGAAGCAUGACUUUGUGCGCGCAGGCAGAGCGUGGGGCAUGAUCUUGCGUACUAAUAUCCUUGGUCGACCGCUGGAUGUGCGCACACAUGGUCGAUGGGGUAUUGGUGCUGAAAUACUGAUGCGAAAAUUCUCGCCCCAGAACGAUUUUCACGAGCAGUCCGACCAUGCAUCAACCAUUAGUGACGAAGGGUUCGAGGCAGCAAAAGAUUAUUACGAACGCUUGAUUCUACAGUACCCCUUUCAAAAGACAAACCCAAAUGCCAUAUCAUCACUAACCUUCUAUCCUGCGAUGUUUGGACUCUGCAUCUAUGAAAUUCAACAAAAAUGCAAUCGAGCUCUGGAACGCAUGCGUAACUCUUCGCUGGAAGCGGACCAAUCCGACUCCGAGUCAGAGCAAACCAGGAACCAGGAGUCNAAAAAUAUCGCUGCCAUCAAACGCUCCGAGCUAGACUCAGCAGCGGGCCUCGCAGCUCGUAUGGACGAACUGAUGCUGUCUCCUCCUUUUGACACAUAUCCGCCGCUGUUACAACUAAGGAGCUCAGUAGCUCUCUGGCUAGCGGAUCUUUAUGAAACUGCAGCUAAUCCGGAUGAUGAUGGCGACGAAAACAAGGAACGUGCUUCCCUAGAGCGUUCCAGGGCUAAAAGGUGUAUAGAAAGGAUGAAAGCUGCUGGGGUGACAGUACCCGAGCCAAUUCUGAAUGGAUUGGGUUGA